AUGGCACCUGAUAAGAAAUGGAUGCAACUUAUUCAUAAUAGACUUGAUGAUGCUUAUAUACAUGGGGUAGAAAUCUUUCUGAAUUAUACUUUUACAAGAUUGAGGGAAGCGAAUGAAAUAAGAUGCCCAUGUGUCAAAUGUUGUAAUGUAGUGUCUCGAACACGAGAGAUUGUUAGAUCACAUUUAAUAGUACAUGGAAUAAUUCAAAAUUAUACCUUUUGGUAUCACCAUGGAGAGACGAUAGGUGAGACAGAAGAACCAGAUUCCGAAUUUGUAAAUGACGAUGAUAAAAUUGGCGAGGAUCAUGAGGAGGAUGAAAUACAUGACAUUCUCACAGAUUUACAUCCUUUUUUUAAUGUAGAUAAUAUGAAUAUUGGCGAUGAUGAUGUUCUCGAGGAGGAACCAAAUCCUGAAGCAAAAAGAUUUUAUAGUCUUUUAAAGAAUUUUGAUCAACCCAUGUACGAAGGUUCAAAACUUUCAAAACUUUCUACGUUGGUGAAAUUGCUUCAUAUUAAAAGUAUUGGUCGUUGGAGUAAUAACUCAUUUAAUAUGUUAUUGAAGAUGUUAAAGAAAGAUUUGUUGCCUGAUAAAUCAAACUUGCCAGAUUCAUAUUACGAAGCAAGGAAGCUAAUUAAAAGCCUAGGGCUUUUAUAUGAUCGGAUCGAUGCAUGUAGGAAUGAUUGUAUGCUAUAUUGGAAGAAUGACAAGUUUGUUGAUUCUUGCAAAAUUUGUGGCGCAUCUAGAUGGAAGGAGGAUAAACAUAAUAGGGAAUCUAAAAUUAAAAAGGGGAAAAAGAUACCAUACAAGAUCUUACGCUAUUUUCCUUUAAAGACAAGACUUCAAAGAUUGUUUAUGUCCUCAAAUACAUCUCCUUUAAUAAGAUGGCAUCAUGAAAACAAAGCUAAUGAUGGAAUUAUGAGGCACCCGAUUGAUUCAAAAGCAUGGAAUUUUUUUGAUGAACUUCAUCAAUUAUUUGCUAUGGAGCCUCGUAAUGUUAGACUUGGACUUGCUAGUGAUGGUUUUCAACCAUUUGGCUGUUCUAGAACUCCGUAUAGUAUUUGGCCUGUGGUACUUAUUCCUUAUAACUUACCACCAUGGUUAUGCAUGAAGCAGGAAAAUUUUAUUUUGUCAAUGCUUAUUCCCGGUCCUGGAAGUCCCGGAGAUGCAAUUGAUAUUUAUCUCCAACCUUUGAUUGAUGAAUUAAAAGAAUUAUGGGAAACUGGAGUUUGUACCUUUGAUGCGUCCACUAAACGGAAUUUCACGUUGCAUGCUGCUUUAUUAUGGACCAUUAAUGACUUUCCAGCAUAUGGAAAUUUAUCUGGUUGGAGUACAAAAGGAAAAUUGGCUUGCCCAUGUUGUAAUAGAGAAACUUUCUCAAAAAGAUUGACAAAUGGUAAAAAAACAGUGUUAUAUGGGUCAUAG